AUGGAUUUGUUAUUCCCCAACGAUUUUGAUGAUAUAAACGAUAUGUUUGAAGAUGAAACUGCCUCAAUCGAUGAUGAAAUCUUGUCAAGAGUUGAUGAAAUUUUUUCAUCCGAUGAUGAUACUCCCUCAAUCGAAAAUGUUGACAUAAUGGAUCACGACCAUGAAUGGGAGUUUACAAUUGCUGAAAAUAUUUCUGAAAGAAUGCACAUUCCUGGUGUCGCUAAUGUGGCUGUCGGAGCCGCUUAA